AGCAGCAGCCGCCGCCGCGGGCAGCGGGAGCAGCAGCGGCCGGCGGGGCAGCGGGGGCCGCCUCCUCGCCGAGGGUCGCCCGCCCGCUCGCCCUCCCCGGGCCAUGGGCAGCCCCUGACCCCGCCGCAGCACCGGAUCCAAAAUGACGGUCAAAGCUGUAAAAAUGCCGUGCACCUCUGCAAACGUUUAUACUAAAGUGCCUGACGGAGGAUGGGGCUGGACAGUUGCUUUUGCAUUCUUUGUUGUGGAAGCCCUGACAUACGGCAUCAUAAAAUCAUUUGGAGUCUUCUUCAAUGACCUGAUGGAAAGCUUUGACGAAACCAACAGCAGGAUAUCAUGGAUAAUAUCCAUAUGUGUGUUUGUGCAGACCUUCACAGCUCCUCUGUCGACGGUGCUCAGCAACCGCUUCGGCCACCGCUUGGUGGUGAUGGCCGGGGGGCUGCUCAUCAGCACCGGGAUGGUCAUCGCCGCCUUCGCCCGCUCCGUCGUGGACAUGUAUGUCACCAUCGGCAUCAUCUCCGGCCUCGGAUACUGCCUCUCCUUCCUCCCGACUGUCACCAUUUUAUCACAGUAUUUUGACAAAAGGCGCUCGCUGGUCACAGCAGUGGCAUCUACAGGGGAAUGUUUCGCCGUCUUCUCCUUCGCACCAGCAAUCACAGCUCUGAAGGAGCAGAUUGGCUGGAGGUACAGCCUGCUUUCUGUCGGGGUGCUGCAGCUUGGCAUCACCGUCUGCGGAUCGCUGCUGCGACCCAUCAUCAUCAAAGAGCAAGAAGAAGUGAAAGCACAGCCUCCAGAAGAGUCCACGGAGACAAAGUACAUGCUUGAAAACGAGCAAACAUGCACCUCAAUAGAGUCCAUAGACUCAGGAGUCGAUAUAACUACCUCACCCAGCAAUGUGCCUGGAAAAACCAAAGCAGAGCCGAAAAGUGAAGAACCAAAGCAACACGGACAGAUCCCCGUUGAAAAUUACAGCACCCCUCCAGAACCAAAAACCAAACUACUGGACUUCUCUGUGAUGAGAGACUAUAGCUUUAUCUGUUAUGCAUUCUUUGGCCUGUUUGCAACCCUGGGCUUCUUCGCUCCCUCCCUCUACAUCAUCCCCCUGAGUCUCAGCCUGGGCAUCGGCAAGGACCACUCCGCGUACAUCCUGUCGGCCAUGGCCAUCGCCGAGGUCUUUGGAAGGAUCUUUGCUGGCUGGGUGCUCAACAAGAAGCCCAUCCGCAAGAUCUACAUCGAACUCAUCUGUGUCAUCCUGCUGGCUGUAGCACUGUUUGCCUUCCCUUUUGCCUCCGAGUUCUGGGGCUUGAUGACAUGUAGCAUUUAUUUUGGGUUCAUGCUCGGCACGGUGGCGGGCACACAUAUUCCCCUCCUGGCAGAGGACGAUGUGGUUGGCAUUGAAAAGAUGUCUUCUGCAGCUGGAGUCUACGUCUUCAUUCAGAGCUUAGCUGGGUUGGCUGGACCACCCAUCGCAGGUGUCUUAGUGGAUACGACAAAGAACUACAGCUCAGCCUUCUACUCCUGUGCUGCUGGCAUGGUCCUGGGGGCCGUGUUUCUGGCCCUGGUGAGGCCAUGCAAGACUGGGCUGUGCCACCACUACCAGCAGCAGCAGCAGCAGCAGCAGGUGGAGGAGAGCCCACCAGGGCCCCCUCCAGAAUUACCAGAUGACUUUAUAGACAUGGAUAUUGGAAAAGCAGAAAAUUCAGGAAAAGGCUCUGACAGCGUGGUAUAAAAAAAAAAAACAACAACAACCCUGUUCCUUUCUCCAUCUAAUGUACUCGGCGUAAGGCUGGGGGAAAUGUCAGCUCUGCUCCACGUUUUAAAACUACAUUCUAAAGGGAAUGUGAAAUUUUAAAUGUGAACAGUUGCUACCAACGAAUUUUUUUUUUUUUUUUUUUAAAUAUUAGACAGAACUUUUUUAACCAACAAUGGAAAGCUCCAUAGAAAAUACGGAUAGCCACGUAAAAAUAACUCCUGUCUAGCAUGAAGAUGUGAUGCACACUCUUGCUUUCCUGAUAACAAGCAUAGGUAAAGGUUCAACUGAUCCCAUAAAUACUGACAACAGCAACAGCAGAAGCAGCUCAGCCUCUGACUGUCACCCAUUCCCUACCACAAAUUCCACACAGACAAGAAACUGAUGAUACAAACUGGAGACAAGCACUUCAUACACCACCAAUAGCCAACUGAAUCUUCUGGAGGGAUACAGACUCAUGUUUUAGCUUUGAGGAGGAGGCUAGGCUAGAUAGCUGACACUUAGAAACCAUUGCUAAUGAUCUUAACUUGAAUGUCACAAAUGCUGGGAAAUCAAAGGCUCUGUGUGUCUUUAUGGCCAGUUUUUUACUGCACGUAUUUCCUGAGAUCAUUUUUCUUCUCCUGAUUGGGAUCCAUAGAACUGUUUUCUCUUGAUAGCCAGAUCUGAUGUACUGUUUCUAAUUUAACUAGUAUUUAUUAAUUUAUUCUGAGAUUGUUAAGGGAGGUUAGCUUAAAUAACUGGAGAGGAAAAAUGAUCUUCUGCAUAACGGAAAGCUGUCUUUACAUCAUUCUCUUCAAUGCCUAUCUUGUAUUGCUUGUGAAAUUGUUGGGAAAAAUUACUCUUACAGCAUAAAGUGUAGCUGUUUUUAAUAGGUAAGUCUUAAGUAACCCAGUUAUUUAAAAAGGAAAAAAAAAAAAAAUAAUGAACUACAGAUCCAGCAUCUCUUUCCACGGAAAAAGGCUCAGCAGGAUUUGGCCCAGCGUGUCUUAACGUACCCAAAACCUUCGCUCACAGGUGCACCAGGAAACCUCCCUGAUGGAAUGUGGGACCCCCCACAUCUGUGGGGUCACGGGGAGGCUGGGCUGAGCUGCACCCCCUCCCCAGCUCUCCCCGCUCCCCUAAAGGCAGCAAGAGGCUUUUUUGGUUUUGUUUUGUUUUUUUUGCUGCUGCCAUCAGUGAGAAGCGAAGUGGAGCCUGUGCACGUGGAUGGUGCGAAGGGAACGACAAAAGACAAAGGGGCGAGCUGUUCAUUUAGUCUUAACAGGAGAGAUUCCUGCUCACGGUGACACGAGCUUGCUUACCCCACCUAUAUGCAUCUUCUCGCCUCUAGGCAACUCAGGGGGACAAAUCAAACAAGUCUGUUUCGGUUUGGAUGGAAACCCAAACCACCGUUUCUGUGUAUUUUAAGUGGAAGUGGCAUCAUCCAUUAACUGCUACGCUGACCUGUCUGUGUUUUACCAGCCAUAAGAAAUGUGGGACAAUCUGUGUAAAAAAAAAAAAAAAAGGAAAAAAAAAAGAAAAGAACAACCUCUUUUUGGGAAGGUGCUUGAUUUGUUUUUUUUUUUUCCUGUCUUAGAUGUCCAAAAAAAAAAAACAAAAAGAAAAAAAAAAAAAAAGAGAAACAGGCACUCUUGCAAAGUGGCUGGAGCAAUUCAUCCUCACUGCCCGAGACCCGCGGUCUCGCGUCCUUCCUCUGCCUCAGCACUUUAUCACGGCCAGCAGAACCUCGCUGCGUUGCACCCAGGACUGGAAGACCCCUUACAGAGAACUGAAGAGUUGUGUGAAUCAGUGAUUAAUGAACAAAUAACCACGUCGCAUCGAGAUGUGCUUUUUAUUUAUUGUUUAAUUUAUGAUACUUCAAGCGUUUUGAUAAACGUUCUGUAGCCCGUCAUUGUAAGGUUAUUGAAGUCUUUCGUGACACGAGACCUCACUACAGCACUUUGCUAUUACAACUGCUUGGAAGUGGAAACAAGGCCUCCAGGUUUUGCGUGUGUGUGGAAGCUCCCUGUUCUGCAGAUUUGCGAGGUUCUACUGUAACUUAGGUUUGGGUUUUUCGCUUUGCCUUUUUUUUUUUUUUUUUUUUUUUACAACAAUUUCCAAUACAGAUCAAAUAAUAUGUUUGUCACUGACCUCACAGUCCGUUUCUGUUCCUGUCUGUGUAGCAGCACGAGCAGGGGAGCGAGUGAUGAGUAUGUGUGUGUGCGGGCACAGCAGACCCACAAGCAGGAUUUACUGAUUUGUUUGUAACGUACCCAGUGGACUCUGGAAAUACUCUAUAAACACUGAGAUUUGCAAUAAACUUUUUCUUUUCUUUUU